AUGGCGGUGAUGCCAUCGCAGGAUCCUGACACCCGUUUUGAACUUACGGGGGCGAGGCUGAACGCCCUCACACAAGCCCUGGCGUAUCGAGGGAUCCUGGAGCACCGCCAGGUCGAGACCAGGCGCCGGACGAAAGAUAACCUGGCGGCAGAUUUUUGCGGUUUCCUGUGGAAAAUUAUGCAUGAUGGCCUGAAAUGCGGCCCGUACUGGAGUAAGAUACAGGGAUAUGAGGAUCGAGCACAGUGUAGCCACUGUGGAUCCCUAGAGACUGUCCAACAUAUUAUCUUCGAGUGUGAAGCCACGGGCCAAGCCCUAAUUUGGUCGCUGAUACGGAAGGUGUGGGAGAAGAAGCCUGACGGAAUGGAAGACCAGCAAGGGCCGAGUGCGUCCAGGAGCACGAGGCUAUGGCGGAUAUUAAUAUCCGAAGCUGUUCAUCUGACUUGGAAACUGCGCUGCGAGAGAGUCAUAGGUCACGCAGCGGAGGACGGAUGGGAACACCAGAAGACGACGGUGGCGAGCAAGCUGCGAUAUGCUUUGAAUCAUAGAUUGGCGCUCGACGUCGAAUCAGUACAGAAGAAAUACGGGCAGUUUGCCAUUAAGAGGGAGCUGGUCCUGGCCACGUGGAACAAGGUCCUGUGGGACGAACAUGCGCUCCCGGAAGACUGGACAAAGUACAAGGGUUUUUUAGUGGGUAGGAUGCCGGCGUUACGAGUAGACCUCGAACCGGAUUAG